ACCUCUCCCACCGCCACCGCCAUCAUGACUGACCGCAAGGCCGUGAUUAAGAACGUUGACAUGUCCGAGGACAUGCAGCAGGAUUGCAUUGACUGCGCCAUCGCUGCCCUCGAGAAGUACAACGUGGAGAAGGAUAUCGCUGCCUACAUCAAGAAGGAGUUUGACAAGAAGUACAACCCCACCUGGCAUGUGAUUGUCGGCCGCAACUUUGGCUCGUAUGUGACCCACGAGACCAAGGGUUUCAUCUACUUCUACCUGGGCCAGGUCGCCAUCCUCUGCUUCAAGUCGGGUUAAUGCCCUCUCUGAAGACCUCGACUCGAUAAGCGAACAGCGUCCAACUUGGACCAAAAAAACGGAAAAACAAGAAUAAAAUAGAACACAAAGAGAGCCAGGAACGUCGAUGUGGCGCUAGCUCUGCUUGAGCCAGUCGUACCAGUGGCCGUGCCAUUGAUCCAUCACGUUUGGGCUCCCCCAGCUCUCCCUUGCCAUCCUCCGAAUUGGAUUUGAUUAGAGGGGCCUUGUGUCACGUGUUUGUUACUCUCUCCUAGCAAUCGAUCUUGCAGGCUC